AUGAAUAUCUAUUGUGGCAAACCAUGUGCUGAGCGCAAGAUCACGGGCGCCGACAGUGUCUGCGUCUGUAACCAAACCUAUUGCGAUGACUUUCCGGCGCUAAUCCUACCCAAGACUGGCCACGCGUUGGUCUACGAGAGCGGCAAAAGUGGUCAACGCUUUCGGGAAACUCAACUCAAACUGAACGCCCGGCCACUAAUGAGAAGCGCCAAAGAGUCGCAGACCAUAACCAUAGACCGGAACCAGAGUUACCAGAGUAUUAUCGGUUUUGGCGGCGCCUUCACCGACGAGUUCGGUAUGGUUUUGAAUGCUGUGCCCAACGAGUUGUCCGCGUAUUUGAUGGAAAGUUAUUUCGGGAAAAACGGUAUCGAAUACAAUAUGGGAAGACUACCCGUGGCCUCCACUGACUACUCCGCCCAUUACUAUACAUACGACGAUAACGUUGACGAUAAACAGCUGACAAAAUUCGCCCUGGCCAAGGAGGACCUGGAGCUCAAGAUCCCACACUUGAAAACAGCGCAGAGGUUAUGCACAGCACCGCUCAAAUUGUUUGGCAGCGCGUGGGCGGCACCCGAUUGGAUGAAAACCGGCCCCAAAGACAAGUCGCCGAACCAACUGAAAGGCGAGACCGGCGGCGAGUAUUACGAUAUUUGGGCCAAAUAUCUGGUGAAAUUUUUGGACGUAUACGCGGCCCAGAAUAUAAGCAUAUGGGGUCUGACCACACAAAACGAGCCGACGUGGGGCCGACAGUUCAUACCCAACGACCUGUUCUUUGAUCCCGAAAUGCAAAGAGUAUUUGUGGCCAAAAACUUGGGCCCACUUUUGCACAAAAGUGGCUACACUUCGGACAAACUUAAACUCAUGAUAUUUGACGACAACGUGUGGCGCAACACGAGUUGGCACAACACUUUGCAACAGUUUGCGGACACAGUGUUAGCUGACAGGGAGGCCGAGAAGUACGUGUCGGGCAUCGCCUAUCACUGGUACGAGAGCUCCACCGGCGACGAGUAUCCCGAUGUGGUGUUGGAUGCGGUGCACGAAAAGCAUGGCGAUAGGUUUAUGUUGAUGACCGAGGCCUGUCAUCUGUCCGGCCUCGGCAAUGGGCGCUGGGAUUUUGGCGAGCAUUACGCGCAUGAUAUUAUUAGGGAUUUAAAUCACUGGACAACCGGUUGGGUGGAGUGGAAUAUGGCUCUGGGCCUGAAUGGCUGUCCCCGUUGCGGACCCAAUCAGUGCGGAACCGCUAUUGUUGUGGACAUUGAAAAACGGGAGGCCUAUAAACAGCCCACUUUCUACACGAUCGGACACUUUAGCAAAUUUUUGCCCCCAAAUAGUGUCAGAAUCGGUCAUAAAUUGGAUAAAACGGUAAAUAAUUUGUUUGUGUUAACAAUGAAACGGACGGACAAUGCGAUAGUAGUUGUGGUUCUCAAUCAAAAUGAUAGCGAAAUUGAUUUACAAAUUGUUGAUUCAAACAAUCGUUUAAAUCAUACAAUACCUCAACGAUCGAUACAAACAUUUAUUUGGCAAUAA